AUGGCGUCUCAGAAUAACUCACCUGGAGACGCACAUUUCUCCUUUGCCAAGAUUGCUGCUAUGUCUGCUCCCUCCGGUCCUCCAACUUGCCCGGCAUCUAGCGAGAGUGAUAAAGCUCAGCCGGCGGUUCCAUCUACGUGCGCAGAAACACACAACACCGAAUUUUCUUUGUCCAACGCCCAAAAGUCGACUAUACUUCACCAGCAACAAAGUGACCCUGCCAUUGAUGGCUUGGAAAGAGCCGUGCAGGGUAUUGAUAUUACUUUACGAAAGGAUCGUGAAGGAUCUGGGUCUUCCCUAGACGAUCGGGACAAUGCCUCUCUCAAGCGAGAGAACUCCUUUGAGGAUGACCGUACCCAUCUUUCUACCUCAUCUACAAAAAUGACCAACUUUGACUCCAAAAGUCUGGCGUCAGUGACGACAUUUGCCAUGGAUGAGAAAGACUCCGUUCGCCCCGAUGACAGUGCUAGUGUUCAAGCAAUCGACGAAGAAGAAUCUCUCUCCGGAGCUACAUCUGGCGCACCAAAUUCCAUUGCAGGGUCCGAGGCAGGCAGCCGUUCCUUACGAGAUCAUUUUCGUGAUGGGAAUGCUCUACGACCUCGUGGUGUUCUUCCCGUCCCUGGGUUGCUCUUCAAUGGUGGAAACCAGCGUUGUCCUGUGGUUAUUCCUCCGGACUCGGUCUCGAAUAAUUUUGUGGUUCCUGCUGAUCCUGCCACACUGCAGGACAACCAAGUUUCGCGCAUAUUUCCUGUCGAUCCAGAUGAGAAACUUCUAGAGGCGAUGAAUUCACCCAAAGAUCGUUUGUGGAUCCUCCAAUUAGAAGAAAAGAUCCGUCAUUUCAUCAAAGAGUCAAACGAACAAUCUCUCGAGCUACCUCCCUCUAAUUCAUUCUGUCGACUUCUUGCGCAUAGACUGGGAGACUAUUAUCAUCUAACUCACUUUGUGGAUAAUAAUGUGACGUCGGUGCGACUUCACCGAACUCCAUUCUCGCGAUUACCUAUACCAAUCUCUGAUGUCCAUUCUUCCAUGAAUGUCACGCCGGCUCCGCCAGUUCCUGCCAUGAAAAUCAUGCGCCGAACAGACGGAGAACGGCCCUCUGCCGAAGGCAGUAUUGCUGCGAGCUCAUCUAUCCCAUCAAAGGCGGCUUCAGAAACUGGGGACAGCGGCCAAGAAGCUGGCUCGGGAGCGGCCUCUGUCAAAGAUCGCUUGAACAUGACCCGAGAGGAACGCGAGGCCAAAUAUCAAGAAGUCCGCGAGCGAAUUUUCCGAGAUUUUCCCGAAAGUGCCAAGUCAGAGGCCAGCGGCGACUCGAAUCCCAAUAUGUCUCGCUCGAGUUCCACAAACGGACGCAAAAAAAAUCAUAGGCAGCGAACCCCUCAUGACGACAGCUUUGAAGUUCGCUCUCAAUUUAACCCCUAUUUCCCAGGAAUGCCAUACAACGGUGCUCCCUCAUACAAUGCAGCUAUGGGAGAUGGGCCUUAUUCCAAUCAAGUUCCCUAUAUGGUCGGGCCCGGUAUGUCUCCUCCUAGUAGUGGCUACAUGGCUACGAAUCAGAACAGUGCUAUGUACCCCGGGCAGAUUGGUAUGAACAAUGUAUCGCAGUAUCCGAUGCAAGGUUCGCCGCAAAAUGCCUCCAAUGGCUCAUGGCAAGGAGGGAACAUGUCACAACAAUCGUCGUAUUCUGGAUAUACUUCGAUGAACCAGCCGAGUGUGAUGGGCCAGCAGCCAUCAAGCAAGUCAUCCCCAGCCAUGAACAACUUCUCGAUUCCUCAAUCUCCUCAAUAUGGACAGCAAAGUGCAGGGUGGAAUUCAGGUCCUUUCCCGGGGAGCUUCCAACAGUCUCCGCACCAACGCAACAACCAACCUCCUGUUCAUUGGCCCAACUAUCCUGCACAGUCGAUGACAUCCAACAUGGCGGCCUACCCUUAUGCGCAAUACCCGGGUCAACAUCUGAAUUCGGCCAUCCAGUCCCCAUCUGGAGCUUCCACAUUGCCAGGUGGUUUUGCCCGACCAUUCAACCCUCAGACGCGGUCUUUCAUUCCUGGCAAUGGUCCCAUGCCGAAGCAUCUGGCUAGAGGCCCGCAGCACCCAAUGCAGCAGUAUGGAAACAUGCCGUCCCCCAUUCAAAAUCAGUGGGCCGGCUUCACAGAACCAGGUCCCAAUCGAAACAUGGACCAUGCAUCUGCUGUCAAUACAACCCGCAUGCCCAACUCAAAUUCCCGGGACUCCAUUUCCAAAUGGGGAACACCAGCCCAUCUACCUCCCAAACCCCCUCCAUCGGAAGUUCCCUCUGACUUUGAUUUGAAAUCUCGCGCUGGACCGACCGCGAUGUCCCCUUCUUCGUUCGCAGGCAAUGGAAUCUCUGUGGCUAAGAACGGACCGCUGGUUGUAUCUGGCGGAACGAAUCCUGCGAAGACAAGCUAG